AUUUUUAUAUGCAAAAAACUGUGUAUGUUACUUAUUGUUAGAUCAAAUAGAAGUGUCGUCAUGGAAACGUAUAGUGUUUAAGAUACUUCGUGUUCUGAAAGUUUUUGUGCGAAGUCUUGUGCUUUCGCGUCUUGUAAUUUGUCAGUUUUGUUCUAGAAAAUAAUUUCCACACUCCACAUAGAAUGGCACUGGAUCUUGAAUUGAACAAAAUGAUCGUUUCGUUGCAAGCGGACGAGAAAAACCGUCGCAAACAAGCACUGGAGGAAAUGGUGAGGAACAUGUCUCGGGAGAGAUUGUCGAACAAUCUUGACGAGAUGAUGAAAGUGUGGGACAGUGUGCACAGAUUGGUAGUCAGAAUUUUGAACGAUAACACAGAGAUAUGUCGAGAACUGGCGGUGGAAAUACUGAAGAUAUUUCUGGAAACUCUGCCUCCCGAAGAUAAACACAUAAAUUACGUAAUACCGAUAAUGUCGAGACGAUUAGGCUCGCAGGAGCUGAUCGAGUCGUCGGAGGAAGUGCGUUUGAAUUGCGUGUCUCUUCUGCGAACGAUCAUUUCGAGGUAUAAAGAUCUGUUGGCGUCGUACAUUCAGGAUGUGACGGGAAUACUGGCGCGCACGGUUACGGAUAAAUAUCCAAAUGUGAAGAAGGAGAGCUGCAAGUGCAUAUCGGAUUACGCGAAGACUCUACCCAGACAUUUCUAUUCGCAAUCGGAGUACUUGAUCAAACCCAUAUUGAGCAACUUUACGCACCAGCACUACAGAGUUCGGCUUGGUGCCGUUCAAGCGAUAGGUGACGUGAUGCGAUACGGAAACAGCAAAUCAAUGGAAGAAGUCGCGACUCCUUUAGCGCAGAGGCUUUUCGAUCAGAGUGGAAUUGUCAGACAAGCUGUAGUUGAAGUAGCUGGCCACUGGUUAGUAGAACUGCCCGACAGAUACAGCUGGUGGCACAAACUUCUUCCUCUGAUCCUGACGGGACUGCACGAUGAACUCGCGGAAAUUCGCGCGAGAGCAGCGGAUAUGUGGGACGCCGCGGGGAAAUUGUACAUGGAGGAAAACGAGAAUGAUGAGAAGUUGAAGGAUAAAAUGGAUUUUCUCACAGAAGAUCCGGAGCAUUAUCCUCCAGAAGUUUCCAGACCGAAUUUAGGAUGUCGCGAGAUAUCACAACGGAAUCUGGGCGUGCUUAUCAAGGGUAUCAGUACCGAGCUCGGAGACUGGUUGCCGGAUAUACGUGUGCGCUCCGCACAGCUGCUCUGUGUGUUGAUAUUACAUGCGGAAGAGAAUAUUACACAACAUAUCGAGAAACUCCUGCCGUCCAUGUAUCGCGCCUGCAAUGACGAAGACAAGAGAGUCGUUGGUUGUGUGGAGACCGCGGCACGUUACCUGGGCUACUUCGUAGAACCGAAAGUUUAUUGCCAUCUAGUGAUCCCCACUCUGGAACAAUCUCCGACAGCCGGGCAUUUGAACGUGUUCGCGGCGAUUCUCAGCGGUAGCGAGCGAAAAGCUCUCUCGUUAGAACUGAAUAAGAUCGCGAAUUUUUUGCAACAGCCGUGCAUCUGCCAAAGCAAAAAGAGCAAGUACCAACGUCAGAUUCUGUCCUGUUGCAACUCUCUUCUUUUAGUUUGCAAAGAGGAUUGCGCAGCUGUUACUCAGGCUUUGUUUUCCAUAAUUUUCACCGUGUACGCAAUGAGCAAUGAGUCUGGCAUUAGCGAGGAAGCGGACAGACUGCUGCAAGUGCUCGUUGACGUAAACAACUCCCUGAGAAACGUCGACGAUCUUUUCUGCAAUUGUGUGAGACAGUUGAUAAUGUCAAUUCACGACGAUUGCGGCUCGUGGUCGGUGUACAACGCGGAGUCGCAGAUUUUUCGCGCUUGUCUGAACCGCGCCGGAACUGCUGCGGCGCGCAACAUGAAUCUCGUGAUACCUAUCCUCAAGAAAACCGUGAACAAGGACGCCGACUCGGAGUUGAAACUGCGACACUUUAUUCUACUCUCGGAAUACUUCUUGAACAAUCAGGAUUUGCAUCGAUACGUUGAAAAUUCGCACAAGUUCGUGAGCACGGUCAUUGAGGAACUGGUCGUGCCCGGACUUGUCUGGACCGCUGGCAGAGCGGCCGAAGCUAUUCGCACAGCUGCGGUUUGCUGUCUCUGUGCCGUUCUGCAAAAUAAAAUAAUUAAACUCAACGACGAGAACAUAGUCGACGAUGCGGCGGGCGAUUCCGCAACACGAGGAAACGAAAAAUCUGAGUUAUCGAUCAAUGUGGAUCAAUUUCUGUCCGUUUACGACACGGUUGUGCCCGUCCUGGUCAGUCUGAUGGACGACAACGCGAAGAAGACCAGGUUGUAUUCCAUGCGCGCCAUUUGCUUGCUAAUCACAAUUGGACGACAACUGUGCUGUCUGAGCGACGAGCACAUCAACCGUGCGUAUCCGGUCAUAUUGAAGAGACUGGACGACGGCUGCGACGAGAUUCGUUCCGCCGCCGUUGAAGCGCUUGUGGACGUGUGGAGCGCCGCACCCGAGAAUUACGACAUAGUCUUCGGCAGAAGUCACAUUGACGUUCUGUACACAACGAUGAUUAUUCACUUGGACGAUCCGGAGUCUCAUUUCCAAGAAAUCAUGUUAGAUGCAUUGAAGUGUGUUGCGACGAUUCACCCGGAGUUGUUGCGUGAGAAAUUGCAAAACUCACGGCCAAAUUUUAGGAACAAAACUGGAGUGGAUAAACUUUUAGACCACUGCCAGAGCGUACUCCAAAACAGAACUUGAACUCAGGUUUCGAAAGAACGUGGUAAACUGAGCGCACGUAUGAUAUGUUUCUUCUCUAACUUGUAGAAAUAUAUUGCGAAGUUUUUUAAUCGCAUAUACAAACGCUACGAUAACAUGGAAUCUCAUGAGGUAAUAUAUUUCUCGAAAUAUAAAAACUUCUAUAGAUGCACAUUAAAUUUCUUA